ACUCCUCUGCAAAAGACAUCAAAAUGAAGAAGAACACAUCCAUAAUGCUCAUUGCUCUGUUCCUUGCUCUGUUUCUCGUCACACAGCAAUAUGCAGGAGUGGAGGCUAGGACGGCGAGCGGGUCUGGAUAUCAUCCCUUGAGCCAGUGCAAGAAAAACACAGAUUGUGCGCACAUUUGCUCAGUUAUAUGCACUCCCAACACUAGAUGUCAAUGUGUUGAGAAUUGGUGUAGUUGCAGUGCUUGACCUUCUGUUAUCACCAUCCAGAGAUUUAAAAAAAAACAUAAUUAUACUCGAUGAUAUCGAUUCAACCAAAUUGUAAGGAAGCAAUUAAAUAAUAUACAUGGAUCUCUCCAACAAACUAGAGUUAUUGGGAUCUGUUGGUUUAUGACAUAAUAUUGGAGUUGGUUUGUCUAACUUUGAGGUCCACAUGUUCAAGUCUU